AUGAAUAAUAAUGAUGAAAUAAUAUUUUGGAAAGUUAUUAGAAAUAUUUAUUUAUUUAAAAAAAUAUUAUCAUUUUUAAAAUCAGAAUUUAGAUAUGAAAAAUAUGGAUAUGAUGAAAUUAAAGAUGUAAAAUGGAUGAUACAUAAUAAAUAUUUAUUAUUAUUAAAAGAUAAAGUACAAAGAAAUGAUCAAGAUUUAGCAUUUUUUAAAUGUUCAUAUUAUACAGACAGAAAUACAAAUAAUAAUAAUCACGAUUCAAUAUUUCAAUUGAAUGAACCAUUAAAAUCAGAUUAUCAAUUCUAUAAAGAUUUAUUUAAAAAUUAUUAUAAUUAUUUUAUUGAAGAACAGUUAUUAGGAAAUUAUGAUUCUAUUGAUAAUAACAACAAUAAUAAUAAUAAAUUUGAAAUAAAGAAAAUUAAAAAAAAACAAAUUAAAAAUGAAAGAAUUGAACAAAAAAGAUCAUUUUUAGAUAGAUUAAUUAAAUUUGAAAAUUUAAUUGCAUAUUCCAUAAUAAUUGAUGAAUUUAAAUUACAUAUACCAACUGAUGAUGAUUUAAUAACCUCAAUUAAUAAUUACUCUUUUGAAAUUUCAAAUUAUUUAAUUUUUUCAAAUGGUGGUAAUGAAGAAAAAGUUAAAAUAAAUAAAUCAAAUAAUGAAAAAAUUUGGAAAUCAAUAAUUAAUGAAUCUUAUGAUAAAAAUAAUAAUAAUAAUAAUAAUAAUAAUAACAAUAGUAAUAACAAUAUUAAAAAUAAUAUUAUUAAAAUUAUAGAUAAUAGUAUUGAUUUGAAAAUUGAUUAUUUAAUAAAUAAGGCUAAAAUUGAAAUACCUUUAAAAUUAUUUAAAUCAAUAGAAUAUCAAAUUAAUUAUCAAGUUGGUAAAUCAAGUUUAAAAACUUUAUUAGAUUCAUGUUUUACAAUUUAUUAUUUAAAUUUUAAAAUUGAUUAUUGGGAAAAAAUUAAAAAUCAAUUUUCAAAAAGUGGUGUUUCAACUAUAAAUGGUUACAUGGCAACUGAUAUAGCAGUAACUCAAUAUUUAAAUGAAGAAUAUUAUUCAAUACCAUUAUCACAACUUGAAAUCUAUAAAAAGAAAUUUCAAGAAUUAAAUAUAUUAUCAAAUAAUGUAAAUGAUAUUAUUGAUUUAACAGAUGAUGAUGAUAAUGAUAAAAAUAUUGUUAAUGAAAUGAUUUCAAAUUUAUUAAAAAUGAUAAUACCAUUUACAGGCUAUUCAUUUAAUUUUUUAAAUUAUUUAUAUUAUUUAGUAAUUUUUAAAAUUAAAAAUAAAAAUGAAAAUUCAAUAAUUGAUAAUAAUAAUAAUUUAGAAUAUUGUAAAUUUAUAAUUAGUAGAGAAGAGAGAUUAUUAAUAUUUAGUAUAAAAUCAAAAAAGUUUUUAAAUAAACAAAUUUGUAUUUUAAAUAAUAUGUUAAAAAAUAAUGAAAAGAAAAUCAAUAAUUUCGAUAUUUUAUAUGAUUAUUGGGAGGAUUUCAUUCAUUUUGAUUCUCAUACGGAAUUAUUAGAGAUUUUAUCAAUGAAAUUUAUGAAAAUUAAUUCAAGUUUUAUCAAUUCUUGGUUUGAUAUAUAUUUCUUUCAUAAAGUUAAAUCAAUUGAAAUGUUUGACUAUUUAUAUUCAAAAAAGAAUCAAGAAACUAUUAAUUUCAAUAGAUUAUUUUAUUCAAUCAGUUUAUUACGUCAUUUCAAGGAAAAGUAUCCAAUAAAUUAUGAAAAAUCUUUAAUUGAUUAUACAAUCAUUUAUGGUUAUUAUGAAAAUGAUAAAAUUCAAUUCCUAAUUGAUAACUAUGACCAAUUUAGAGGGAAAUUAAUUGAGCAUUUAAAAGAUAAUGGUAGUUCAUUAAGAUUUUAUAAUAGAGAUCGAUUAGAUGAUGAAUUAAUUUUAAAAGUGGUUCAAGAUCCUGAAAAGUUAAGAUGCUUUUUCCGAGAAAGAGGUACUGUCAUUUUUAAAUACUAUUUCGAUGAUACAAUUGAUAUUUCAAGUGAUAGAGGUAUACUAGUUAAAGAAUUAUGUUUUAGACGUGAUUUAAAAGCAAUUGAUAAAUUAUUAUUAACUAAAAGUAUUCCAUUAAUUUCAAAAGUUUUAUUAUAUGCUUCUGGUUGUGGUGCAAUUGAAAUAUUUAAAUUUAUUUUCAACAAUCCAAAACAUAAAUGGAUAUUUAAUGAAAAAGUUUUCCCUGAUGAAAUUCAACAUUCAAAUAUUUUUAAUUUUUUAUUAAAUUCAAAUGUUAAAUGUGAUAAUAUAAGAUUUAUUAAAUAUAUUUAUUAA